UAGCGCAGCGUCUUUACGUGCGCGCCCCCGCCUGGCCCGUCGGAGCUGUCAGUGACCGGAUGCGAGACAGGGACAGAGAUAGCGGAACGGCGCGACCGGACUCGCUCUCUGGUGGGGGAUCCAUUAACAGCUGGACCUUUUGAGGCUUCGUGAGGUGGUGUAACUUUCCUGGGCCGGACGGAGCCAACAGAAUAAGCUAGCGCCUUCACUCGCUGCACGUGACGGUUUAAUUUAUCUCGGAAAGUCCAGUUAUCCGAGCCCGGCACUCCUUUGCUAGCCGGUCACAUGUCGCGUUGAGCGGCUGGCGGACAGCACCGCGCCUCCGGGGGAGACCUUCGCGCCCGCGUUCGACCGGAGAAGAAUGGCGAGCGGCUUUAGGAGCAAGCUUGUGCGGCUGUGUGAGAUCCUGAGGGACCCGCAUCACGUAGCGAGCUUCCAGCGGUACUGCGGCGUCCGGGGGACAUUUUGCCGCGAUUCGCUGAACGGCCACCGCCACUGCCGAGCCGAAGGGGAGGCAGCGGACCGUCAGGGGAGAGGAGAAGGAGAGACUGGGGACUGUAACGGGAGAGGAGAUGGGGAGGCAGAGGACCGAAAGGGGAGAGUAGAAGGGGAGGCGGGGGACGCACCCUGGAGAGGAAAGCAUGCCGCGGCAGACGGCGUGCCAAACGGCCUGGGGAAGUGCGUAGCCAGGGAGACGGUGCGGCUCAGGGGGGCUUCGGCUGAAAACGGGGACGGGGGAAGUAAGACGCCGACGUGCGCCAGCGCCGUCAAGCCGCGGCGCAGGAACUCUCUCACCGGGGACGACGGCCAGGAGUUUCUGAUCGAAAACAAGCUGCUGUACUAUCUGUUCACUUUUGGCACGGAGUUGGGCAAUGAGCUCUUCUACAUCACCUUCUUCCCUUUCUUCAUCUGGAACAUCGACCCGUACGUUGGCCGGCGCCUCAUCCUGGUCUGGGUGUGGGUCAUGUACCUGGGCCAGUGCACCAAGGACCUGAUACGCUGGUCCAGGCCGGCUUCGCCACCUGUCGUCAAAGUGGAGAUGUUCUACAACUCGGAGUACAGCAUGCCCUCUACGCACGCCAUGUCCGGGACAGCCAUCCCCUUCUCCCUGUUCUUGCUCACCUACGGCCGCUGGGAGUACCCCAUGCCACUGGGCCUGGUGCUGGCACUGAGCUGGUGUGUCCUGGUGUGCCUCAGCCGGAUCUACAUGGGCAUGCACUCCAUCCUGGACGUCAUCGCCGGCAUCCUCUACAGUGCUCUGAUCCUGCUGCUGUUCUACCCGGCCCUGGAUGUGGUGGACACAUUUAACCAGACGUGCCCUUAUGCCCCGCUGGCCAUCAUCUCUCUGCACCUGGGCCUGGGCCUCUUCUCCUUCACCCUGGACACAUGGAGCACGUCGCGGGGCGAUACGGCGCAGAUUCUAGGCACGGGGGCCGGCAUCGCCCUGGGCGCCCACCUCAACCGGCGGCUAGGGCUGCUCCCUGACCCCUCCCAGUGGCAGCUGCCGUUCAGCCCACCACCCUUCAGCGCCGCCCUGCUGGCCGGGACUGUAUUGCGGCUUUUGCUGGGCGUAGUGGUGCUUCUGGCCACACGCACUGCCAUGAAGGCCGUGACCAUCCCGGUGAUAUGCCGUUUGGUCGGCGUCCCCAGCCAUGAUGUCCGCCAGGCCCGGCAGCACAUGGAGGUGGAACUCCCUUACCGCUACAUUGUCUACAGCACCGUGGGCUUCAACUGCUUCUUCCUGGUCCCCUUCCUCUUCAGCUAUGUGGGCCUGUGCUGAGGAACCCAGGAAAUGCCCCCACGUGGACAUGCCCACUGCCCCCCCUCUCCCCCAUAACCCUACCCACUGUGUUUCCAAGCAAAUUGAAAAUAGUGGAUCAGAUCAAAGCCAGUCGUUUAAUCACCUGUUGCCUUCUAAUUCUGGUCUGUUUUGUUUGUGCAUUUUAUUGUUUUAAAGUUUGUUUGUUUUUUCCCCCUGAGUUAAACAAAAAGUUGCUGUGGAACACCGUUGCAUUGUGGGUAGUUUGGGCUUGGGGGUUGAGAGGGGCGUACAUUGCUGACCUCUCUCUGUCAGCUUCUCUCCCUCUGUUUUUCUCGCCUUGCUGUGCAAAAAUAAUUAUAAGCAGUGAUCAGGGUUAUACUACUUGAUGAGUUACUGAAGUAUCAGGGCUCUUCACAUGAGCAGUAAUGGGAACUCAGAGGGUGACAGAGGGUGAGGCUCUUCCCCAUGUGUCAGGUAUAAUCAACCUGAACCUCCAGCCUACGUUUAGAUGAGUGCCUGUGUUUCUGCCUGACAGCCCUGUGUCUCUGGGCAGCUUCACACCUGAGAGCUGUGGGUGCUGUGCUCAUGUUGCAAGCUCCCCCCCCCCCCCACUGCGCCAAGUGGACUGCAAACGUUCACUUACUGUGGAUCAGCCGAACCACUUACUACAGCUGGAGCUCCAUGAGGAAGGACAGAUGCAAUGCUGAGAGACUCACAGGCAGCAUAAUACAUCAGUUAUAUGUAUAUAGUAUACCACUAUUCUGUGAUGUUUUUUUUUACUGCUUUAAGACAAGCAGAACCCCCCCCCCCACACACACACACACACACACGAACCUCCCUCCUAAUGAAGGCCCAUGUGUUUGUUUGGUUUUGGAGAACAGAAACCAACUGGCAGUCCUGCUCAUCGAGCUCUUACAUGUUUUUUUUUCUGCCUCUGGGGAGGGAACUGUGUGAUGGGAGGUGGUGGUUCAGGUGCCAGCGGGGGCUGCCAGUGUCAGUGGGCCACUUUGUCUACAGGUCCUGACGGCCCUCGGCAUCAGGAACCAACCCCCCGACUUUACCGCCCAUCGCGCACUGAAUCAAAAAUGCACGCUAGGCUAAAGCUAACCUUGCUGAACUUUGAACAAAAACAACGGCAAACAGAGAUUAGGGUGAGCUGUUUGGACAUGAGCAGAUUCUCCCGUGGUGGAGUGGAGGGGGAUGUUGCCUUAUUGUACUCCCUGUUUCCAGUCCUGGAGGAAAGGGAACUGACUUCCCUAGUGAGAAAUGAUCUCAAGGUCCUCCUCUGUUGUACCACUGUGCUAACAUGUUUUGAACUUUAUUCAUAAAAUGUGUAUUGAAAGGAGAGCUUUUUACUAUCCUUCGUUUGAUUCAUCAAUUAUUGUCCGUCCCUCCACGACAAUAUAGACCCUGGAGGAAUUUCCCUCUGUUUUCCCUUAAUGCAGUUGAUCAAGUCAUAAUUAUUUUAAUGUCUCAAACAGCCGUGGCCCUGGGUUCCGCACUGUAAUGCAGGACUCUGUGGGUGUGUGUCCAUGUGCGAGUGUAACCUUCACCUGCCUGAGGGCAAGGCAGCCCUGUGAGUCUCUUCUGUUUGCCUCUCUGCAGUUCCACAUGACUGACUUAUCAGUGGGAAUAUGGACCAAAAAAGCUGAUCCUUUGCUGUGUGUGGCCUGGAUUAGACUGUUAAUUUAACAAAGCCCAGUGCCUUUACUGUAACACAUCAUCCAGUCACGCGAGUAUCUUGUAGUCGUCUCUGAGGAGCUUGUGUGAGACAGUGGAUGGGUGUGAUUCAGCCUCACGUGUUUUCUCCCAGUUCUUAUGUAUUCAGUUUUGUUCUGGGAGUCCAGCUGUUAACUCUGAUAACUAAAAUUUCAUUUCUGUUGUAGGGCUGCACGAUUAAUUGUUUUAAAAUCAUGAUCUUAAUUCAUACCCCUAUAUGAUCCCAUUCUUACAUAACAAUUUUGCCGUGUUUGCAUAAUUGCUUCAAACCAGGCUCUGCCUUUUUCUUCUGUGUCAACUGUGUCAACUGUGUCAACUGUGUCAACUGUGUCAACUGUGUCAACAGUGACAGGACUGCAUUACACUACAAGACGGACUGUAGCCAGGAAGAGGGGCAAGUUAGGAAUCAAAUUAUUGUUUCCUAACUUAUUAUUAAAUUAUUAUUCUGUGCAACAAGGUGAAAGAAAAUGCUUUGACAACAAGGACAAAAAUGAUUCAAACUCAAAUACCCCUCCGGUGAUGGUGAGGAAGUGGAAAGAAAUUUUUCCAAGCCCAGUUCAAGCAAUAAAAUGCUUGUUCGAAAAAACGUGUCUCAUUCGCUUGUGUGGAUGUUUUUUUCAGAUUAAUGGAAUGAAUUUGUAGUGAAAACAUUGGUUUGAAGGUGUUAUAAUUAAGAGCAGAUGAGGUUUAAGUUUAGUAUUUCUUGCAGUUGGAAAUAUUUUUUGUUAAAAACCCUGAGUGUGCCCUUUCUGUUCCGCAAAGUUGAUGUGACAGUCCCAUUUCAGAAACAAUCUUAUUGCUUGUUCUGUCUUAAUAAAAACAAUAUGUAAUGCAAAUAAUAAUAAAGAGGAGAGAUAUGUAUUAGGAUUACUGAAGAACCGUAAAAGAAAAUUGUGGUCUUGAUUGAGUGGAACAAGUCAUUCGGAUUUUACCCAGAAUCGUGCAGCCCUGCUCAGUUUUUCCUCUCCACACUGCGGAUGACGGAGAACAAGGGAUGGAAUGCAGCUCCUGUUGUUCCAUUUUCUCCUUUUAUUCCAUUGGCUUCUUUUCCAGCAGUGGAGUGAGAUGUUAUUCAAUGAGUUUUUCAUGUGUCCACCCGCAUAAAUAAACUUGCACAAAUAAAAAUGCACAAUACAUGUCAGCUUA